AUGAAUUUUAUUUUUUACUUCUAUUUAUUACAAAAUGUGUUAAAUACUUAAAUUAAAAGGCCUUAAGUAUCUAUAUUGAAUGAAACUCUAAAACCAAGCACUUAUAACUUAGAUUCUUAAGAAGAGAUAGAAAUUCUAUAUGGAAAGUAAUUUAUCAAUUUAGUAAAACUUAGUAUUCUUGACAUGUUUUCAAUAAAUUUACAUAAAAGAAUAAGUGGGAAAGUUAAUAAUGUGAAUUUUAGUUUGGCGGAAUUUGAAAAAAUUGAUCCUUCAAAAAUUGAAGAUUGCCAAAUUAUUCAAAGAGAUGUUGAAAUAAGAAGGAAAUUAAAACUUUGGAUUGACAAAACAGGGAUCACAGAAGGAGUAUAUAUCACAGAUAUUGCAAUCUCUGAAUAAUAUAGCUAAGCUUUCAUAGUUAGGAAUGAUUUCAAAAUGUUUUAAGUGAAUUUUAAUUCAUCAUCAUAUGGAAUUUAUUUAAGAACUUUCGAUUAUUCUUUCUACAAUAUUUUGAAUCUUAAUGGGAUGGACUUGGAUGAUAUUCCUUAAUUAAUAAUUGAUGAUCAAUCGAAUAGAAUCUUCAUUUUCACUUAAAAUGGAGGUGUUAGUUUUCAAUUUGAUUUUGAAGCUCCGAAAGAAAUUUCAUUUCAUUUAGAAAAUUAAAUUUAAUAAAGGGAUAAAAUAUUUUGUGUUCAUUACAAUGAGAAACAUCGCUUAGUAUUUGUAGCAGCAGGUCAUUAAGGAGUUGAUGUUUAUAAGUUAGAAAAUGGAACCAUAAUGCUAAAGCCUAGUAUAAAUUCUUUAUUCUUAUAAUACGCCUAAAUAAUCGAUAUAAAAAGUGAUGGUGGAGAUCACUUAUAUAUCUUAGAUAGGGAAUAAGGAUUAAUAUUUUGUUUAAUAAUAGACGAGUUUGAAUAUGAAUAUCAAUUUCAAAUUAAUAUCCCUGAUGCUAAGAGUUUUGAUUUUAACAACAAUACUUUUUUUGUAGUUGCAAAAACAGGUAAUAAACAAGAUUAUGCUUUGGAGAUACUAGUCAAUAUAUAAACAAAAUAAUAUUACAUAAACAAUCAUUAUUUUGAUGAUAUGAUUAUAAAUGAAGUUAGUGUAUUAGAUUAUUAUGCUAUUCUAAUAGGAUAAAAUGAACAUAAAAUUGUAUAGCAUUCAAUAUACUCAGGUAACAUUUAAAUCCAAAUUAGGUUUCAUUAAAUAACAGUUUGUCCCUCAUAAAUCCUUUUACGAGCCCCAGUUAAUAAAAACAAAGAAAUUCAAAUCAAAUAUUUUAGAUUUUUCCAAUUUUUAAAGUGUAGCUGUUAUUGGAAGAUAGGAAUUUUAAAUCUUAAACUUAAUUAUAAGAGUUCCAAGUAUAAAAUGCCAAAAGAGUGAAAAAUAGCAGAGUUAGUUUCUUGUGGAUAUUAGUUCGACAAGAUGUAUACAGGAUCAAAUAGAAACAAGAACUUAGGAAUAGUUUACUUUGUGUAAGAUUUACCAUUCAUUUACAAUAGAAAAUUAAGUUGUAUGAAUCAUAAUUUAUCAUUAGUUAGGGUAGAGUAAAGGGAAGAAUGUUUUAAAUAUAAUAAUCUGUUGGUUUAUUGUAUUAAUUUUCUACUUGAGAUACUAUGAAAGGAGAAGACAAUUUACUGGUUUAAAAAUGGGUCAUAAUUUUAACUAGGUGGAUGGCUUGGAUUUAGAGAUGGUUGAAUAGACUCAGUUAAUAUCAUGAG